AUGAGCGAGCUACGAUUCGACAAUAAGGUUAUUGUGGUCACGGGCGCUGGUGGAGGACUUGGAAAGGCAUAUGCUUUAUUCUUUGCUUCUCGUGGUGCCAAAGUUGUUGUCAACGACUUGGGUGGAUCUGUAUCUGGAGAUGGUGGAGCUGUAUCUCAUCGAGCUGCUGACGUAGUUGUCAAUGAAAUCGUUGCCAACAAGGGCGUUGCAGUCGCCAACUAUGAUUCUGUCGAAGAUGGAGACAAGAUUAUUGAAACCGCCAUCAAGGCUUAUGGACGUGUCGAUAUUCUGAUUAACAAUGCUGGUAUUUUACGCGAUAAAACGCUUGCUCGCAUGACUGAUCAAGAUUUUGACCUGGUGCAACGAGUGCAUGUUCGCGGAGCAUACAAAUGUGCCAAAGCUGCUUGGCCUCAUAUGCAAAAGCAAAACUAUGGUCGUAUUGUCAAUACUGCAUCAGCUGCUGGCAUCUAUGGCAACUUUGGCCAGGCCAACUACUCAGCUGCCAAGUACGCUCUUCACGGCUUUACUCUGACCUUGGCUCGUGAAGGGGAAAAAAAGAACAUACACUGCAACUCGAUUGCUCCAGUUGCCGCCUCAAGGAUGACUGAAUCAGUCAUGCCAAAAGAAAUGUUUGACAACCUCAAGCCAGACUAUAUCGUUCCGUUGGUCGCAUACCUAGUUCACGACUCGUGUGAAGCAAAUGGCGGUCUCUUUGAAUGUGGAGCAGGAUUCGUCGGAAAGCUGCGAUGGGAACGCUCAAAGGGCGCUCACUUCAAGACUGAUCCAACAUUCACUCCAGCUGCAGUCCAAGCCAAAUGGAAGGAAGUCACAGCCUUCGAUGGUGCUGAACAUCCAGUUAAUCUUGGUGACAGUGAUUGGCUUGCUCAUCUUCAGACUGCUUCCACAUCACCACCUUUUACUGGAAAUCCUGGUGCCUUGAGAUAUGAUGGCAAGGUCGCUGUGGUUACUGGUGCUGGAGCUGGUCUUGGUCGUCAAUAUGCUUUGAUGUUUGCUCGUCUGGGUGCUGCUGUCGUCGUCAAUGAUCUUGGUGGCUCUUUCAAAGGAGACGGAGGUGAUGCACGAGCUGCUGACACUGUUGUAAAUGAGAUUUUGCAACUUGGAGGGAAAGCUGUUGCAAAUUACAACAGUGUGGAAGAUGGAGAUAAAGUCAUCGAGACAGCUAUGAAAGCAUUUGGCCGAGUUGACAUUUUAGUGAACAAUGCAGGAAUCCUGCGUGAUAUCUCCUUCCAAAGGAUGGCGGACUCAGAUUGGGACUUGGUUCACAAGGUCCACUUGAGAGGCACCUACAAGUGUACAAAAGCAGCUUUCGAUGUGAUGAUGAAGCAGAAAUACGGCCGAAUCAUCAACACAACAUCUGCCGUUGGGCUUUAUGGAAACUUUGGUCAAGCCAACUACUCAGCUGCCAAGCUGGGAAUUCUAGGUUUGAGCAACACUGUCGCUAUCGAAGGAAAGAAAUACAACAUUACUUGCAACACUGUCGGUCCAAAUGCUGGCACAAGAAUGACGGCCACCGUGAUGCCUCCGGAGAUGGUGGAAGCAUUGAAACCAGAUUACGUUGCUCCAUUGACUGGUUUCCUUGCCCAUGAAUCUUGCACUGAAACUGGUUCAUUGUUCGAGGUUGGCUGUGGUUGGAUCGCCAAGCUACGUCUUCAAUCGACUGGUGGUGUAGGCUUCCCACACUCUCGCACACUAUUGCCAGAACAUAUUGCUGCCAAAUUUGCAGAAAUUUGCAACUUUGACGAUGGACGAGCAACUUACCCAGCAACUAUUGGAGAAUCAAUUGCACGUAUUAUAGCCAACACGACAAACCAAGGAUCUGAUGCUUCUAAAGCUGCGCCAGCUGCAAAGAAAGCUGGUAAAGGUGGUUUGAAACCUGGUGACGUUAACGUCGAAGCUGCCAAGAAGAUGGUGUUUGAGAAGGACGUCUUUACGUAUACAGAGCGAGAUGUCAUAUUAUAUGCUCUAGGUGUUGGUGCUAAACGAUAUGAUCUCAACUUUGUAUAUGAGAAUUCUGAAAACUUCUCGGCCUUACCCACCUUUGGUGUGAUGCCUGCCUUCUUCAGUGUGACGAAGAGCGUCAAGUUCGGCGACUUCUUACCAAACUUCAAUCCUAUGAUGCUGCUUCACGGUGAACAGUACAUCGUCAUCAAACGACCAUUCCCAACUUCAGGAACUUUGAGUUCUACAUGUCGUAUCAUUGACAUCCAAGACAAGUCUUCUGGAGCCGCUGUUGUUGUAGGCACGACAACCGUAGAUGAAUCUGGAAAUGUCGUCGCCGAGAACGAAAUGACUACCUUCAUUCGUGGUCUUGGUGGAUUUGGUAGUGGUGCUCAACAAGCUUCUGAACGAGGCGAGGCUACUGCUGCUAACAAUCCACCAAAGCGACCUGCUGAUGCAGUUGUCCGUGACAAGACUACUGAAGAGCAGGCUGUCUUGUACCGAUUGAGUGGUGACUACAACCCUCUCCAUGUUGAUCCAUCAAUGGCCAAGAUGGGCGGCUUCGAUGUACCCAUUUUACAUGGACUUUGCACUUUGGGCUUUGCUGGUCGUCACAUUCUUCAAAAGUAUUGUGACAGUGAUCCAAAGAAAUUCAAGGCAAUGAAAGUCAGGUUUGCUGGACCAGUCUUUCCUGGAGAAACUGUUGAAACUUCAAUGUGGAAGGAAGGUUCAAAAGUCAUAUUCCAAGUGAAGGUUGUAGAGAGGGAUGUUAUUGUUAUUUCGAAUGCUGCUGUCGAACUUGCAGGUUCAGGUGCUUCUGCCACCGCUUCCGCUCCAGCAACUGCAUCUGCACCAUUUGGAUCCAAAGUCUCUGUCGCUGGAUUCGCUGCCUCAGCCUUAUUUGAACGAAUUGAAUCUGGAAUGGGUGCUAUGCCCUCUGCUGAACGCAAAAAAAUUGUCGACAAGACGAAAGCCAUCUUCCAAUUCGAUUUGACUAACUCGGCUAAAAAGACAGCAAGUUGGUUUGUUGACUUGAAGAAUGGAGACGGUGCCGUUGGCGCAGGUGCUGCUCCUGGAAAGGCUGAUUGUAUCAUCAUAUUGUCGGAUGACGAUUUGGUCAAUCUUGCUUCUGGAAAGGGCAAUGCACAGACAAUGUUCAUGUCUGGAAAGAUUAAGCUUAAAGGCAAUAUGGCUUUGGCAACCAAACUUCAAACAGUCUUCCAAGCGUUCCCUGCUCCAUCAUCUGUUCCUGCCAAGGCUGCUGCUACCUCUGCUCCAAAAUUAUCCGUACCAGGAUAUGAAUCAUCGGCCAUUAUUGAAGCGGUAGCUGCCGGUAUUACUGCAAUGUCUGAAGCGGAUCGAAAGAAACAGGUUACCAGCGUCAAGGCCGUCUUCCAAUUCGAUAUUACCAAUGAUGCCAAGAAGAUGUCAUCGUGGUUUAUUGACUUGAAGAAUGGAACUGGAAGCGUUGGAACUGGCGCUGCACCUACCAAGGCUGAUGUUGUGAUUUCAAUCGCUGACAAGGACUUUGUUGCUCUUGCUGGUGGCAAAGCUGAUGCUCAGAAAUUGUUCAUGGGAGGAAAGAUUAAAUUGAAAGGCAAUAUGAUGCUCGCAACCAAACUGCAAACAGUGCUUGCUGCUGCACGUCCUAAAGGAAAGAUGUGA